AUGAACGAGUCCUUAGAUAUCGGCUUAGCUAUGGAGGAAUUUGAAUUUACACAGGAUGAAUUGCAACAAAUCAACGCCUUGGAACUUUCUUUUACAACAAACAUUUCGAGAAACAUUGAUCACUCAGAAUCAGACAGUGAACAGAUGCAAAUACCGAAAAGGAAAAGGCAUCUGGUUAUUGCAAGUGAUACUGAUAGCGACAGCGAGUCGGUUAAAGAUUUUGUUGCCUCCAAUAUUUCGCAAAAUGACCGCAUUUCUUUAAAAUGGUCGAGACCAAAAAGACGACAGCCAUCAGUGAUUCCUUUCACCGAGUUUGAAGGCAUGAAGCUCCCAUAUUCUAGUUUGUUGAAAGAAGCUGACCCAGACAAGUAUUAUGGCCUUUUAGUGCCUGAAGAAAUUUUUAAAAUGAUUGCUGAGCAGACAAAUUUGUUUGCAAGUCAAAACAUCACAGCCAAACAAACAAAGCCUGGAUCCAGGUCACAUUCAUGGAAGCCAACAAACAUGACCGAAAUAAAAAAGUUUCUUGGGCUCAUAUUGUAUAUGGGCAUAGUAAAGCUGCCAAAAUUAGCUUAUUAUUGGAGUAAAGACAAGAUACUAGGACAAAAUUUUCCAUCCACCGUGAUGAGUAGGAACCGCUUUGAGUUACUGCUGCAGUACCUUCAUUUUAGCGACAAUUUAACUGCUGACAGAAACGAUCGUAUUUCAAAAAUAAGACCGAUAAUCGAUGCUCUCAAUGCUACUUUCCAGAAAUAUUAUGCGCCGAAAGAAGAUAUUUGUGUUGAUGAAAGCCAAGUGCCUUACAGAGGUCGAAUUAUAUUCAGGCAGUACAAUAAAAGUAAGAGACACAAAUAUGGCAUGAAGCUAUUUAAGCUAUGUACUAUUCCCGGAUAUACUUGCAAACUGCAUUUAUAUAGUGGGAAGAACAUCGAUACAAUAAAUACUACGCCAACAAAUGUGGUGAUGGCGCUCAGUGAGUAUAUAUUUGAGAAAGGCCACACACUUGCAACCGACAACUGGUAUACUAGUUUAGAACUAGCGUAUCAGUUAUUGGAGAAGCAAACCCAUUUAAUUGGCACAUUGCGAAAAAACAGAAGAGGAUUGCCAAAGGCCGUUAUAGAUUCAAAACUGCAGAAAGGUGAAACAAUGGCUAUGGAGAAUGAAGACGGAAUAACGGUGCUUAAAUGGAAGGAUAAGAGGGACGUAUUUAUGCUUUCGACAAAGCAUUCCGACAAAUUUGCAGUGGCAGUAAAAAAAGGCAAACAGAUUCGAAAGCCAAGGGUCAUAUUAGAUUAUAACAAAUCCAAAGGGUCUGUAGACAUGAGUGACCAAAUGGGUGCCUAUUCUUCGCCAUUGCGAAAAACCGUAAAAUGGUAUAAAAAGUUAGCAGUAGAACUGCUUUUAAAUACGGCAGUUGUUAAUGCAUGGGUCAUGUACACAGAAAAUAAGAAGAGCAAUAUUUCGAUUGUGGAUUUCAGGAGGGCUCUCAUAGAAUAUUUGAUCCGACCAGCAGAUUCUCAGGAGAGAAAUCUCAAUCAAAGACCAAAAAGACUGAAGCACGAAUUAAAAAGAAAGGAAGGGAAAGUAAGGGAUACGCGACGUUUUUGUGUGAAAUGUUACAAAGAUUCGGUAGAGGAAUUUGGCCGUAUAAUCGCCAAAAAUAAAUGCAAGAAAGUGAGUACAUACUGUAUGCAAUGUGAUGGGGAGCCUCAUUAUUGUCUAAUGUGUUUUAACAAAAUUCACCGCUUUCAAUAA